AACCAUAUGUCCUUGAGUUGUGAUUUUGCUAGUAUAGUUAAUUUAAAAGUGAAAUUCAUACUUUGAUUUUCAAAACAUAGAUAAAAAGUGAUAUUUGCUAAUUUUUAUACCAUAACCAUAUAUCCUAUACUUUACACCACAUACCUUGUACCCUAACCACGUACCAUAAACAUAAAUUAAAAAGGGAUCUCGUGCCGUUAAUGACUUCAAAUGACUUCAAGUGAACAUAUGUUAAUAAAAAAAAACUUAGAACCGUCAAAACCAUCAAUAUCUUAUACCCUAACCAUAUACACCCUAAACCAUAUGUACCUUAUACUCUAACCAUAUACUUUAUAUCCUAAACAACGAACCGUCAAAGAUUACUUAUCAAGUUUAGUAUAAAUUGUUGUAACUAAUGGUUACUUUAUUUAUUAGCCUAUAAAAAAUUACAUACAUAUAUAUAUAUUAGCCUUCAAAGCAUAUAAGAAUAAUUUUAACUAGUCAUGCCCUCCAUAUAAAAGUUAAAGAUUCAUAUUUCAAAAGCUAAAAUUAUGAAAAACCAAAAAAUUGAAAACACCAAAUUUGUUUCCUUCUUUCUUUUCACAAAAAUACUAAAAUUUCCCUCCUUCUUUCUCCUUCCAUACAUUAGAAAAACUCAAUUUUCCCUCCUCUUUCUCUUCCAUAAAAUUGAAAGAACCAAUUACCCUCUUCUUUCAUUCUACAAAAAGUUGAAAAGUAAAAAGUUUCCCUCCUUAUUUCUCUUUCAUAAUCAAAAGAAUCAAACUUUCCCACUUCUUUUCUAAAAAAUUCAAAGAACCAAAUUUCCCUCUUCUUUCUCUUCCCAAAAACUUGAAUACACCAAAAUUUCCCUCUUCUUUUAAAAACAUCAAAUUAUUAAAUACAUUAUUUUACUUUAUUUAUAUUUAAUUGAUAAUUUUAUUGAAUAGUUAAAUUAACCAAAAUUUUAAUUUAUAUAUUAUAUUAAUAUUGUCAUGAUCUCAAGUGACCUUCAUGUUUCAAUUUUUGUAAUUUUUUUAAAAUACGUAAUAUCAAGUGAGUUUCAUAUUUUUAAAAUUUCUUAUACGAAAUGAAAAAAUAAUUUUACUUAAGUUUAGAAUGAAAAAUUUUAUUUUGAAAAACUAUGUAUUGUAUAUUUUUAUAAUUAUUCAAGUGGAUUAGAUGAAAUUCGGGUUGAGUCGGUCGGGUUACGGGUUAGUCGGGUUCGGGUGAAUCGGGUUUGGGUUAAUCGGGUUGCGGGUCAGUCGGGUUCGGGUUAAUCGGGUUGCGGGUUAGUCGGGUUGCGGGUUAGUUGGGUUGUGGGCCAAUCGGGUUGCGGGUCGGGCGGGUUACGGGUUGUUGACUUUUAGUCAAUUCGGGUUGCAGGUCGGGUUGAUCGGGCGGGUUAAUCGGGUCGGGCUAUGUUUUGACACCUAUAGUUUCUACGAUGGUUUUGCUUCAGAAAAUUUUUGUGGAACGCGGGUACAUGUAAGUCGUCUGUCCGUCUGACGUUUUCAAAUAGAGGCCGUCAAGAGUUUUAGCGGCUUUCGUUUGGGCUUUAGUGGAGCUGGGCUUCACUCCACCGAAUGGUAUGCCCCCACCAGUUGGGCUGGCCAUUAUACAUAUGAGAUGUGAACAUAUUUUAUUACUCUCAGUUUGUUAUUUUGUAGAUUUCAAUCAAAUCUUUUCUUUAAGCAUAAAAUUUUCCUCACAAAAAAAUAUAGCUAUAAAAGUUUUCAAAAUUUACGCUAAAAAAUGAACAAUAUACAAGUUGAUUAGAAGAAUUAUCAUAUUUAGAAAGUCUUACAAUCUUAUUCAUCAUAUAUAACCCCAUCGAAAAUUAAAGGAUCUUAUCUGACAAUACACGUUAUAUUCUUGGUCUUUUAUUAGCGCUCAACUAUUGUCGUCGGUUUCAUCAACCUGAACAAAAUCAAUGAUAUCGUUCUAUUAAAAAAAUUAUAUAUCUUGAAUUUUUAAACUAGACGUCUAUUGCAUAUAUAUCAACGUACUUACAACGUACAAAUAAAUCGACUGUCGCAACAACUUAUCAUUAUGAAUUUGAGUAUUUGCAUAGAUGAUAUAAAAUAGAGGAGUACUUGAAUGUGUUGACCGAUACGGCGAUACCUAGGUACAUUUGUAAUAAUUUUCCAUCGAUGCAUGCAUGUGCUCCUCGACCAUGGGCCAUUAUUUGGACAAUUGGUGGUCUCCCUAUUUCUCAUAAUAGCCGAUCGCAAGUCAUCAUUUCGACAAGUACAUAAUAAUUUUAAGUUGUUUAAAAUAAUUAAUUAGAAAUUUUAUGCUACUUUCAAACAAGAUUCAAUUCACAUGUUUGAAAUUUGCACGGGUCUAUCUUACCCCGAUGUUUAAACCAACCGUUAAUAUCAAGAGUCGUGUACAUUUGAAUGAAAGCAGUCCCUUUGUCAAAACCAUUUUAAUAUCACGUAAUGUACUGUUUGGUACGUCUCGUUAAUUCGAGUUGUUGAGAGAAUUAUAGUUAUGAAUCUUAUACCAACCUUUCUUACAAUCAUAUAACACAAAUUGCUAUCCAUAUGCAAUAUGCAAUAAUUAUUCUCGGAAUCAUAUCAUAAUUUUGCGCCUCAUCAUCCCACCAUUAUUUUUAGGAAUGUGGUUAUUGUAUUAUGGCGGUUUAUUUUGAUGCAUUUGAGUGUUGUUCUUCCACAUAUAAUUUGGAAGGAAAAUUUGCACACAUAUUCCUGUUCAAUACGACGCCGUUGGGGCAAUGGGAUAAGCAGAUAAGGUAUAUACGGCUUCACUUCACCACUCAAACACACAGCCGUAGGUUUGACAGAAACCAAAAUGAUGGCCGCAGAAAUCGUCACCGCCGGCGGCAGCAGCUUCUUCUUCCGUGGCAUUUCCAACUCCCCGAGGUCGCCGAGCCGGACUUACUCCGUUGCUAAAGUAGCGGUCUCCCGUUUGAGGAAACCAAAAUUCACGGCCAGAAUGAAGGGCGGCGGCGGCGACGACGACGGCGAGAGGCCCUUCUUCCGGAUCCCGAAGAUCCCGGCCAAUCCGACGGCGUCGCUCGCGGCGCGGGCCGCCGUUGCGGUGUUCGCGCUGGGAUUCGUCGACGCUGGGUACAGCGGGGACUGGUCCAGGAUCAGCGCGAUCUCGAAGGAGGUCGAGGAUUGGCUCAAGGUCGCCGCGUUUCUCGUUGUCCCUCUCUGCGUUUUGCUCGUAGUUUCGAUCUCUGGUAGUACGGAGGAGGAGGCUUGAAAUUGGUGUUCAAUUGCUAAAUAGGUCCACAAACUUAUUAUUAUGGUUUUCUUUUUUUUUUCCUUUUAUUGUUUUUUUAGUGAAUUUUUCUUUUUUAUUGUUCUAUGAUGAAAUGUUGAAUUAGAAUCCAAUUAGGAGUGUGAUAUGAAAUUAUUCAAAAAAUAUUUUUUUUCAUAUAAUAUGAGAGGUACUACAGCCUCUCUCCACAGAUGGAGAAUCUUAUUCAUAAAGAUUUGGAGAUUAGAAUCUCUCCUUCUCCAUUAAUAUAUGGUAGAGUUUUGCGUAAUUUUCUCCAUUUUAAAUUUCCUGCGUUGAGAGUGAAAGUAUGAAUUACAUUUUUGUCUUUACAAUUAAUUAUUUAUUUCAAAUAAAAUAUCAAUAUCAAGAUUUGAAUCCGAGUCUCUUCAAACAAAGACAACAAUCAUAACAAAUUACACUAAACGAAUUUGUUUUUUCUAUUUGAAUACAAAACAUACACUAAGUUAAACUCUGGAAAGCGAAUGACUUUUACAUCAUGAUCAACAAACCCACUAAGUCUAUCGUAUAUAUUUUUAUGGUGCUUAAUACUUCAAUUUCCAUAGUAGAGUUUCAUGAAAUUUUAUCCAUUUUAAAAUUCAUGCUCUCCUUAAUUUUCGCUUUGGUAAAUUUGUAAUUGGCUAACAUGGAAGAAACUAUUUCUUUUACUACGUGUUUUGUCAUUAUAUUUUUUAAUUAAAAUUAAAAUUUUGUGUUUUUUUAUCUUUGUUCUUAUCUCUUUAUAACUUCCUCCGAAAGUCCCUCCAUUGUGCAAUAAUUUGGCCCUUUCACUUCCCAGUACGAGGGCGCAUUUGAAAAUUAAUCUUCCGAUUUCUCUUGCACGGCAACUUUAUUUUGGGGAUUUAAGUUGGGCAAACAGAAAAUUUCAAAUCCGAUAUCAAUCCAUGGCGAAUAGAAUGGAAUUCAGUCAAGUAGUUAUGAAUUUGAACUUGGAGUAGAAGAGUUGGAAUUGAGUUUGAGAAUGUAAGUGGUGGGGGGAAGAAUUUGUGUUUGGAUUUGGUAGCAGGUAAAGGCAAAGAAGAGGGAGUUGGAGAGGGUAGUGAAUGAAUUGAGGAGGGUGUUGAAAGACAUGGAAGCAAAACUGGAGCAGUUAAAGAGAGAGAAGUGAUAGAUGACGAGGAUAGUAAUAAAAAUGGAGAGGUUAUUGAAGGGCAUGAAAGUUGACUAAAGCAGGUGAAGGCAGACAAGGGGGAGAUGAACAUAUUGAUGGAAUUAUAUUGGAGAUGAGUGUUGGUUUAAGCGAACUUAUUACAACUGCCCCGAGGAAGAUGAGUUGGCAAACACAAGAAGAAGUCUGGGGAGUUGAAGAGCUAGUUGACAAGAACCUCAAUUGGAAGAGAAAUUGAGGGCCACAAAGAGAAGGUCCUUCAAAGUAGCAUAAAUGGAGUUGUUUGGUUGAAACAUAUGCCUCUUGAGAUUAAAGAUAGACUGGAUAAAAAUUUGGUUGUUCAACGAAGAGUGGUGAUUAUUGGCUCUUUAGGUUUAUGGUUUUUGCAGCUACCACAACCUAUUUUUAUCUUAAAACGAGAAAUCAUUUAUUGAUUUACUGAAUUAGGUCGAUUCUUUAUUCAACCUACUGAAACUGAUAGAAAAGGAGUGUCUAAUUUUGUGUCUUAUGACUUUGAUCAAGUCUAUUAGUAUAUUGGAGAUAACCCUAAUUUUGUCGUUUGCUCUCAAGUUUUGAUGGUUCCCUCUUAGCUUAGUUUGUAGUAUUUAGUUCACUUGAACCAACAACUCUCUAUUUCUUUUUUAUUAGUGGCAUGUUGCUCCUAAAAGGAGAGCAUUGAAGCCUUUAUGUACGAUUGUGAGGUUUUAGAUUCAAUUUCAAACUAUAUAUGGGCCAUGUGGUAAUUGUAGUGAGCUUUUAUAUUCUAUCUUUCUUGACAAUCAACUAACCAAUAUAAUAUUAUCAUUAUG